UACACGACACUACAUUGCAUUUCGAACUCAAGCAUAAACACAUUCAUUUGUUGCAAUUAUAUGCGAAUUUCGCGUGUAUGGUGAACCAAAUAAAAGAAAACCUUAAAAUUAAAUGUGAAGUUGUGUCAGAAUAAUCCUGUAGUGUUUUUUAAAGCAUCCCUGGCACCAGUGGAAAACAUUGGCAUCCAUGGCUUACUUUGGCGUCUAUAUACCGCCAUCCAAGGCGGGCUUUGAGGGCAAUUUGACCCAAUGUGCGGGCUCUAUAGCGGCCGACAACAUCAAGAUUUCGCCAGAAUGUCCGGCCAGUGCGGCCGAAGAAUCCUCAGCAUAUGAGGAUCCCGAAUAUCCACCUGACUCGCCACUUUGGUUGAUAUUUAAGGAGAAGUCCAAGGCGCUGGACGUCUUGCGCCAUUAUAAGGAGGCGCGUCUGCGCGAGUUUCCCAAUCGCGAGCAGGCCGAAAGCUACGUACAAUUCGGCUUCGAGAGCAUUCAGUCGCUGAAACGCUACGGCAAGGCCAAACCUGCCAGCAAGCCGGUGCAAUUGCCAACAACGUUGAGUUAUAAACCGACUUCUGGCAACGCGGAGAGUCCGUUUUCUUCGUCACCCACCAACAGCACGAGUGCUUUGCCGUGCUCUGGACUCCCACUGGCCAUGUCAAAUAUGUUACUUUCAUUACCAAACAGCAGCAACAGCAACAACAAUAGCAGCAGCAACAGCAACAGCAUCAGCGUUGGCAACGCCAAUUGCACUGGCAGUAGCAUCACUUCGUUAAAUGGGGAGCGUCCGCCGUUUCGGGCGCCAACCAAACAAGAGCUGGUCGACUUUCGCAAGCAAAUCGAGGCUGGCAAUUAUGAGCGGGUCAAGCGGAUUGUUUGGGACAAUCCACGCUUUUUGAUAAGCAGCGGGGAUACGCCAACCAGCUUGAAAGAAGGCUAUCGCUAUAACGCCAUGCACAUUUGCGCCCAGGUGAACCAGGCACGCGUUGCCGAGCUCAUAUUAAAGAUUGUUUCGGAUCGCGAAUUCACCCAGCUGUAUGCUGGAAAAAAGAGCAGCAGUGAAAUGUGUGCUGCUCUAAAUGUGAAUCUACUCGAUUAUUAUCUUAACAUGCCUGAUAAGGGACGCGGCGAGACCCCAUUGCAUUUUGCUGCUAAGAAUGGACACAUAGCCGUAGUUGAAGUGCUUACUUCGUAUCCACAAUGCAAGUCGCUAAAGAACACGGAAGGUAUGCAUCCCAAGGAAAUAAUAUGCCAACGUGUAGCCAACGCCAGUAUAGUGGUGAUAAAAAAGCUGGAACUCCUUUUGUCGGAGCCACAUUAUGUGCCCGUUCUACGAGCCAUAGGCAACCAGCUGCCACCGCAAGUUGGACAUCCCUUUACGCCUAAUGAUCCGCCGAUUUUGCAGCACAAGACGGACGAGUCGGAUCGACUUAAUGUGGACCUUAAGAUAAGCGCUUUGGCUGGUCCUAUGCCACGCGAGCAGGCAAUGAACUUCUUUCGUCGCUGGAAGACGCCGCCGCGAGUUGGUAGCAAUAUGGUAUCACCAUUGGUCAACUCAAGCUACAUCUCUCCCAUGAAGUCCCCGAGCAAGGCAUUUUUGAACGAAAGCUCUGGGAUUGUGUCGAGGCGGCGCGUGCUAUUCAGCCCACGAGCAGCGCCUUUAAAUGUAUCGCAAAACGAACCGAAUGGGAAUCACAAGCCCCAUCAAGACGGAUUGCUGCCGAAUGCCGAAGUGGACCCCAUUGAGCACAACAAUAAUUGCACGUAUAACCGUUGCGGUAUGCCCUCAACACCCAUACGUCAAAUGAAACCGGACCUGUUCUUAAAAUAUCGCGACACCUCCUCAUCUCCCGUUAUUAUGGAUGCAUCGCUCGACAUAUCGGAGUUAAGUCUAAAUAUAUCCGUGUCCACACUGAACGAUAGUUUCCGCGAGCGUCACAUCAAGAACUCGGACAUUGAGAAAGGCCUUGAAGUGGUUGGUCGACAGUUGGCCCGCCAAGAGCAGUUAGAGUGGCGAGAGUAUUGGGACUUUCUCGAUGCUUUUGUCGACAUGGCCUCAAUGGAUGGUCUUCGCCAGCUAGAGAGUUAUCUGUCUGCCAAGCAUGAGCAGGCGCAAGCCUCUAUGUUGGCAGAAAAAUCAGACCAGGCGUGGAACUUUUCUCAAAUGCGUCAGUAUAUAGAUUUAGUGGCAGAUCGCGCCAAAUCCAACAAUUCUGGAGUCUCGGGUGGCCCAAUUACGCAAGUAAUGACACCCUAUACCUGUGUGGAGAAGUCAUUGCAGGUGUUUGCGAAACGUAUUACCAAGACGCUCAUCAAUAACAUUGGAAACAUGGUGUCCAUUAAUGAUACAUUGCUCUCCGAGCUCAAAAGACUGAAAUCUCUCAUAGUGAGCUUCAAGGACGACGCACGUUUCAUUAGCGUAGACUUUGGCAAGGUUCAUUCGCGCAUCGCUCACCUUGUAGCCAGUUACAUAGCUCACUCGCAGGAAGUCAGUACCGCUUUGCGCAAUCAGUUGAUGCAGAUGCUGCGCAAGAUGUUGCAGCUGAAUGGUGAACGACGUGAACAUUUACACUGUGUAUGCGACAGUAUGCUACUUGUGCUGGAGCAGGCACCAACUGUCAAGCUGCCAGACGCACUGAAGACCGAGGACCUAUGCUCAGCCGCCUGGGAAUUGGAGCAGUGCUGCAAUUGUUUGUGGGAUGGGAAUCUCAGUCGGAAAACGAGCAGGCGAAAGCGUACUGAAUCUAUGCGAGCACAUGCGCAAGAUUUGGCCAAUGCAAGCUCAAUGUUGGCAACGGCCGCAGCCGCUCUUCAAAGCGCUGCCGUGUCCAAUGUGGAUGUCGUUUCACCUAUUCCCGCAACAAACACCUGGCGUAGCGACAACCAGAGCGAUGAUGAUGACGACGAUACCAACGAUGAUUCGUUCUUUUUCGAAUGUGGUGGUGGUGAUGACAGCACCGAUGAUGAGGAGAUAUUUAUGACGCCACCAGAAAGCAGAUCGCCAAUAUUGUCGUGUGACUUGGAUCCUCCUUACGAGCUUUUUAUUUUCGGCAAGGAGCCAACCAAGCGGGACUUAGAUGUUCUCAACGCUAUUUUCCACGUGGAAAUUGACAAAGAGUCGCUGCCAUUUGUUCAUGCCUGGCAAGUAGCCAUGGAAAGCUUCUCUACUGCCGAAAUGGAUCUCUUCCCUUCCCCGAAGAGCGUCCAAAAGAUGCAUAAGCCAUCGCAUUUUAUUGGUACCCCGCUCAAUACAACAAGCAACGCACCCAAUAGUAAAUCUAGCAGUAUUCUUAGUGACAGCGAUACGGUGCCCCAGCCGAAACGUCUGUUUACGUUCGCAACGCCCAAGAUUAAUACAGGUGCAACGCGUCGACAGGCACCCGGAACACCAACGACGCCACCAAAGCCGGCACGCCCACAACGAGGGCCAGACAAAUCGUGGCAAUUGGCAACCUCAUCGCCAAAACAGAGCUCGUCGCCAUUACCAUCGUUUGCAUCUCUUGCUAUGGCUACCGUACAUCAGAAACUUACUGUGGCCUCCGUAUCACAGUCAUUCCAAACGCCGCUAAACAAAAUGCGUGGUAUUUUUAGCAAGUAUCGCGAGGUUAGCCAGGAUGCCAGUCCCAUGCCAGUUUCGCCGGGCUAUGUUAAUAGCCGACUAAGCCGGUCGCUCUCCUUAGAAGAGAGCGACUGAUCAUUGGAAUAUGAAUAAAAUACUUAAAACAGGAUCCGAGCAGUUGCAUGUCGAACUGCCUAUUCUUAUUAUUAUUAGUCUUGAAUGCUGCCUGUCUUAAGGGAAACGUAAUUAAAAUUAAAUAAAACAUAAAGUAAAGUGAAACAUAAAGUAUAUUUAUUAGGUAUAAGUGCUCUUCUUCAUGUUUUGUUAGUUUAACAUUUCAUCGAGGUACGAAACUCUUUAAACAGGCAAUAUUCAAGUU